UUGAGUCAAUCCCACCAUUACUUCCGGACCGGCUGGUCGACGACGAGUGGUGUCAACAGAUAUCAUGCCUUUGGACAUUCCUGAGAAAAUAGCGGCCUUCACCCUAGGCGUCACUGGACUACUGACCACUCUCUUCUAUAGACUGUACUCUAGCCGCGAACGAACUGCUGACAGAGUUCGGAAUGCUCGGAAUGUUCAGCUGAAGGAGCUGCAUGAAGUUUUGCGUGAGAAUGACAACCGACUGGCUUAUGUGACUGUGGAAGGCAUCGUGGUGCCGUACUACCAGGAGCUGCAGAGUACCCACUGCGACAUGAAGGGAGUCAUCCAGCACAUACAGAAAGUAGAGCACAAGUCCAAGAGGGUGCAGGGAUAUUGGUCCGACGCCAAGAAGAUCAUGCAGGACACACUGGAAGCUGUUCCCUUCAAGUUGGUGGAGCCGCCAGAGGGCAAACAGGAAGUGUACGUGAACGAGGCCCUCAGCGCUGACCUCCUUCAAGAUGAACUCACUGUCACUUUUGACCAUUUCGAGCCAGGCAAAUCCUCCCUACUCCAAAGUGGCAUUGACCGAAUCUUUGGCGAGGUUUCAAAGGGUAUCCAGGACACGGAGAAGAUGUUGCUGGUUGGCACGAACCUGCGGGGCAUCGGGGAAGUCUGUCUGGAGGAUGGGAAGGCCAUGAUUGGACCACCAAGUGAUGGCUCCAGGUUCAUACUGACCAAGUUAAGUAAAGCAACAGUAGUCCGCAAGUUUGAGUCUCAGGCGUAUGUGUACAAGUGUUUGACCGUUGUGUUGGGAGCGGUCAGUUCGGGGCUGUUGCUUUACAUCUUGUGGAAGUUCUACAGAAAGUGGAGAGACAUACGUCAACAGCAGGCUGAGUUCGCCCUGAUACGAGCGACUAAUGAACUCGGUGACUCUGAUAACUCGGACUCUGAUCAGCAGUGUGUGGUGUGUCUGGCCAAGAGGAGGAGUGUCAUCAUCAUGGACUGUAGGCAUGUGUGUGUGUGUUCAGACUGUGCAGAGCGACUCCCGUCACCGAAGAAGUGUCCCGUGUGCAGGUGCUACGUUCAACAGUUUCUCCCCCUGUAUAAUGCAUAAACAGAAACUAUUUAACAACCUGAUACGUGGAGAGCAUACUUCAGUGUGGUGACAAUCAGAUGCAUAUAUUAUAUAGUUAGUCGGCAAUGGUAGGGCGGUCAAUAGUUGAACAAGUUCCAUCCUGCAGCGUUCAAUAUUCACGAAUUCCAACUGACAAAGAUGAUAUGAGAAACAUUUUGAUGUUCCAGCGUUCAAAUACUACAGCAGACCCCAGGGACUUGAGGUCAUCUUUGCUCCCAGACAGAUUAAUGUUCCCCAGAAGGGUAGAAUGAUUGUGGGAAGUAUGUUUGCUUGUGUGCAUUUUAUUUGUUCUUCAUGGUGAUUGGUCAUUUGAAGACAUAUGAUGUCAGGGGUGCUCAAUGUCAUCUAAGUUUGUUGUGCAGAAUGGCAUGCCUUGACUACAUUAGAAACCAAUUCAAAACUUGGACUUACAUAUCAUCAGUCACAUGACUCCUGGAAGCUUGAUAGUUAAUCGGUUGGACAGUGGCAUGUGAAUCAGGAUUCACAUAAUGUGACUUUGUCAGUUUAAGAAUUUCAGUCAUUCAACGUGUGGUCACAGUAUGAUACAGACGUGCGGUUGCAGUAUGAUACGGACGUGUGGUGGCAGUAUGAUACGGAGGUGUGGUCGCAGUAUGAUACGGACGUGUGGUGGCAGUAUGAUACGGACGUGUGGUGGCAGUAUGAUAUGGACGUGUGGUGGCAGUAUGAUAUGGACGUGUGGUGGCAG